AUGUUUAAGAAAUUUACACCAAAGAAACCACUACCAUCACCAUUGAAUUUAUCAGUAGAUUUCGAUAGUUUAAAUACUGAAGAAAUUGAAAUCGAUAAAUCUUUUCAUGGGACUUUCCAUUCAAAUUUUAAAACUCAAAAUAAUUCAAUUUGUACAAUUUGUAAAUUCAUAAUUGAAGAAGAUUUAUUAGAAUUAUCAUGUAAUCACAUAUGUCAUAGAGAUUGUUUUAUAAAUAAUAUUUUGACAUGUAAAAAAUGUGAAGAUGAUACCAUUGAGACGGAUUUUUUAACACCAAAUGUCUUAAGUCCUAAAGGUACAUUUAAUUCAAAUAAUGAUAAAUUUACUCCAAGAAUAAGUAAUAAUAAUAAUGAUAUGAUCAUAGAUACUCCUAUAAUGGAUGCUAUUGAUGUUCCAAUGACACCAUCAGAUCAAAUAAUAUUUGACCCUUUAAAAGUUAAACAGAAUAAAAUUGACAGGAGUGAUUUAAGAAUCCAACAAAAUCAAUUAUUAUCACCAAGAACUUCCUUUAAUAAGAAUUUAAAUAAAGACUUAUUUGAUAGUUUAAUGAAACCAAGGGUAAAAUUCAUUGAAGAAUUCAAGGAUCGUAAAAAUGUGUUCGAUUCUUAUAAAGAUGAUAAACAAUUUAAUUUGAACUAUCUUUUGAAUAUCAAACCUCCAAAGUUCUUGAAUUCAAUCAAUGUUGAUAAGAAUUUACAAUUAAAGAAUGCCAUAUAUGAUGAAAUCAAAUGUGAUAUUUUGAAGAAUAUCAAUUGGAAUGAUGAAUCCAUUGAUUUUUCAAAUUUGGGAAACUUGAUUAUCUUUGAAAUAAUAGACAUCAGUACUAACGGGAAUAAUUGGGAUCAAGUAAGAUUAUUACUUUUUGAAAACAGUUUAUUAUUAAUUGAUUUAAAAGGAGAAAUCUUAAUUGGUCAAAUAUUCAUUCACAAUAUCAAUAAUAUGGUAAGAUUUUUAAGUGGUAUUAGAUUAAAUUUAGACAAUACCACCAUUCCUGAAUUACAAAUUUGUAGUGAUAUUCCAUUGAUAAUUUCAAGAUUAGAAUAUUAUUUCAAGAAACUUUUAAAUCAUCAGUUUAUUCAAGAAACUUCAAUUUAUCAAUUAACCAUAAAUGGUUGGAAUAUUAUCAAGGAUAAUUAUCAAAAUUUACCAGUGGAAAUUUUAAGAUUCCAAAAUUGUAUUGAAAAUAACUUAGAAAUUCCAGAAAAUCUCUUGAUAAAGUCAAUGCCUUCACCAGAAAUAAUUCCUUUCAAUUUGAUUAUUUCAAUAACUUUAUUAAACAACACAACAUUAUCUAAUGAGGACUAUAGAGUGAAGAUAUUAAAGUUUUUAGAUCAAGUAAGAUCAAAUUUAAGACCUUUUGAUAAAAUAUCUUUGAUAUUUGUUGGAUUAAAUGGUUCAGGAAUUCCUUGUAGGAAAGGUUCAUUUAUUGGAUCUAUUGAACCUAAUUGGUCAGGUUGGGAUUCUAUUUACAAUGAAGUUAAGAUUCAAUCAAAUUUCAAUCACAAAAACCAACAAAUAUUAAGAAAUGGGUUUGAUGAAUUAUCUAUCACCUUGGAUAAAUGUAAAGAUUUAUUCCCAUUCUUGAAUUCAGGUAACACUAUCAAUAAAUUGAUUAUAAUCAAUUCCAAUAUUUAUGAACCUGAAGAACAAUUGGUCAAUCAAGAUAAACUUAAUUUCAUUGAAGGUCAAUUCAAAACCUUAUUAAACAAUGAAAAGAAUUUAUCAGUAGAUUUCUUUAGAAUUGGUAAAAAUUAUACUCCAGAAUUAGAAUUUGCUUUGAAAACUGUUUUACAACCUUCAUUAAUCAAUAAUAAUGACGUUUUGAAGAUUCCUUAUGGAAGUAAAAUCUUAAGAUUUGAUGAUUUUGAUGAUUUCUCUACUAAAUUCAUUCUUAUCUUAAAUGAAUCUUUCAAAAAAAUCGUUUUACCAAACAUUCAAAUUGAUAUCCUGAAAAUCAUUGGUACUAGAGACAUGGUUGAAUUCUUCAAGAUCGAAGUUCAUGGUAAAUUAAUGGAAAUUAACAAUUUUUCAAAUUUAAAGAUCAUUAUGAAUAAUAUUGAAGUAAACGAUGAAAGUAAUUUGAUGGUUAAAUUGAAAGUUGACUUAACAAAUUUGAAAUUUGAUAGUUCCUUAAACCAUGAUACUGAAAAAUACAUCGAAUUACCAUUAUUAAGUUACAUGACCAAUUGGUUUAACGAAACCGAUGAUUAUAAAGUUCUAAACACUAAAAUUUAUCAAGACAAAUCCACCACAUUUUCAUCAUUCUUAGAUGGAUCAAUGACUCCCCCAAUGAAUGAUUCAUUACCAAACACCUUAACACCAUCGUCAUCACCAAUUUCUAAUGAACAAUUUUUUGAUUCUCAUGUUACUGUUAAGACUGAAAAAUUCUUCAGGAAAGAAAUAGAAAUUGAAAUCAUUAAAAAUUUGAAAUUGGUGCAAGAAAAUCAAAUUAUGAAUUAUCAAACUAUCUUCAAAAAUUUGAUCAAUUAUAUCUUAAGUUGUAAAACUGAAAUGAACUUCAAAUCGAAAUUUGAACAAAUUGAAUUAUAUCAAUAUAAGAAUAAUUUAAAUUUCGAAAACUUUAUUGAUUAUUUAUUGAAUAAAUUAUAUCAAUUAAGAGAAACUUUCGAAGAAAACGAACCCCAAGCUUUAUUAGCUUGUAAAGAUUUCACUAACUGGUUAGUGUAA